CUGCGGAUCAGGCUGGGCCGAUCCUGUCCGAUCGGAUCCGGGCAGCGGGGCCGCCUGCCUCAGGCCGGCUCUGGAGAGGGGCUGCUUCAGUUGUCCGGCUUCUCUCCGCGCCCACGCGGGGCCGCCGCUCGUGUCUGUCUCGGCCAAGCAGCGCGGGGCUCAGGCCGGGUUUAGCUGCGGCGGGAGGAGGCUGCUCUGCUCUGAGAAAGGCCCGGAAGCAACAGCAGUUGAUUAGCAAGAGACUUCUGCGGGAAGAUACGCAAAAUGGAGAAGGGAAAGCUGGUAUGGAGAUCCCAACAGAUCCUCUGUCAGAGCAAGAGGUGUUGCAGCUGCUCCGAGAUAUCCAGAAGGGAACAGAGGAACGGAAGAAAUCACUGAGUUGCCUUCGACAGGCACUGCAGCACAAAGAGACACAGCAGAAAUUUGUCAGGUUAGAGGGCAGCAUGCGGGUGCUAAUUGGGCUGUUCACCAGCAGCCUGGCUGACGUACAGAUGGAGGCAGCUCGCUGUCUGCAUGAACUCUCGCACUCCAGUGACCCUGCUGUGGCUGAGGCAUGUUUGCCAGCAACUUCCUAUCUCCUAACCUACCUCUCAGGACAUAGUAUAGAAUUCACAGAGCUGUGUUUGUACACGCUGGGGAACUUGGUAGUGGAGAGUGAAGCAGUAAGGAAGCAGCUUCUACCUCAGGGCAUUAUUUCAGCACUGGCCUGCUGUAUCCAGUCCCCACACGAGGCAGUGCUGGAAGGCCUGGGCUAUGUCCUGUCGCAACUCCUGCAGACCAAAGAAGCUUCCAUCGAGAUCAUACCCUUGGUUCUGGACUCUGCUCUCCCCCAGCACAUGCUUCAACUGGUUUGUUCCAACCUGGAGUUGGGUAUGGGAGUCGCCGUGGAAUUUGCUUGGUGUCUUCAUUACAUUGUUUGUAGCUGCGUGAAUAAUGCCUUGUUAAUAUCCCAAGGCAUCAUGUCCACCUUGGUGCUGCUUUUGUUGGAACUUGCUUCCAUGGUAUCAAAAGCAGUUGCUGAUGGCUUGGAGUUGCUGAUCUGCCCUGUGCUGCGGUGUCUCAGUAACCUACUUGCCGAGGAGAUGGAAGGUUGUAAUGUGCAGGUCCACGAUGAGCGCUUGCUUGUGGCCUUGUUUACCUUCAUGCAGUAUUUUCUUAACCACCACCUGUUCAUCGUACAGGAGUGUCUGUGGCUUCUCAACAACCUCACAGCUGAUGAGCCUUUCUUCUGCUCUGCUAUGCUUACCCUGGACCUUAUUCCAGCUCUCCUACAGCUCUUGCCCUGUUCCCGGAUGGUGACUUUGCUGGUUCUAACAGUGUUGUGCAACAUAGCUGAGAAGGGCUCUGCCUACUGCCAACAGCUACACCAGAAGGUUGUGCUUUCUUCACUGAUCAGUACCCUCACCCUCUCUGAUGCUGAAGUGGCAGGCCAGUGCCUUGAGCUGCUGCAUCUCCUCUUCCUGCAUUGGCCAGAGGCUGCUGCUGACUUUUUCAGCCAUGCAGGACUGCAGGCCCUGGAACAGCAUCAGCACCACCCGGAGCUUCAAGAACGAGUAAGAGCACUCAUCGACUUGGCUUCCCAGCCAGCUGCAGCCUCACUCUGUUCCUUGGUUUCUUCAGCUGCUGUACCAUCUUCUGUCCCCUAGAGGAUACUGCCUCCACACUAGUUACUUUUCCUAUUAGUCACCCCACCAGUUUUGUACACUGAUAAAUAUUUUGGAGUUUAAUAAACCAUUUUAUGAUGUCCUACUUUCAUAUUA